CCUCGUUUCCUUUCCCCGGAACUCCUCAAUUCGGGCGCUCGAUUCCUGGCUUCGCCUAGCGCCGAUCUCACCUAUUGUUCACACAUGACUGCUUGGAAGCAGACCGCAUCCAUGGGCGCCGCCGCCACGGACGAGGCCGACAGCAAGUCGGCAGCAAAGAGCGAUGGAGCGGAGGAGCGGAAGCCCCCGACCAAGUGCAAGAAGGGGAAGAAGGCCAAGGGCAAGUUGGCGGUGAAGAGCGAUGGAGCGGAGAAGCCGAAGACCCAUGACCUUUCCGAUGUUACACUGGGGUUGGCGGUGAUGAGCAUUGCAGAGGAUGAAGCGCUCGCCCUGCGCACCUACCAGAACCUGUUCUGGAUAAAGUACUUCAAAGACGUCUGUGACAGGCCGUCCGUAGAUGCUAUUAGAAAGCAAGCUGCUGAAAACUGGAAAUUCUUUAACGAUUCGGACAAGGCCCCUUAUGUAGCCAAGGCCCGUGAGGUCAAAAUAGGCAUGGCUCGGAUUGCUGAGUUCAAGAAGGUUGAGACCUUUUGCCACGAGGUCAAUGACGGGCACUGCCUGGUUAACUGGCAAAAGGCAUUGGAAGGGGCCCGUGAGGUCAAAUAGGCAUUGACCACGCGCGUC